GGAUUUCGUCCGUUGAGUAUACGCCGAGGAGUUUUAGCACUCUCCAAACACAUCUCCGACACACAUGGAUCAAAGCGCUACCGGCGUAGAGUCCAGGAAUUCAGGAAACAGCCUCGAGGUUUCAAGAUCACUCUCCGAUAAACAUCUUGAUCUUUUGAGGCCAUCUGCUCGAUACUAUUCACCAUUUAAGGGGCAAGCGCUGGAUGCAGCGGGUAAAGGAAAGUAUACGCUUAUCAAAGACGAGGACUUCCAAACUGGGAUUUUCGACAAGCCUCUCCCUUGCUUUGGCUGCGGGAUCGGAUGGUUCUCCUUCCUGGUAGGAUUUCUAUGUCCGUUGAUGUGGUACUAUGCUACAUUUCUCUAUUUCGGGAAUCACUACCGUAAAGAUCCGAGAGAGAGAGCUGGCCUUGCUGCCUCUGCAAUCGCUGCAAUGGCAUGCUCUGUUGUACUGCUGAUCAUAAUAGUUUUUCUUCUGUUUUAACCCUAAAUACCGAGUCAAUGUGUUCUUCGUAACAAGCACAUACAUGUUUGAGUUAAAAGGAAUCGAAUGCUUUGGCUAAAAUGGAGAAACAAGAGUCAGCUGUGUCUCCCAUCAGCCGAGCAUCGUUCUAAAGACGACAGAUUUGAGAAAUGUUCCGUUCAUAGAAACUAUACUUCUGCAAUUGGUAAAUUCGAGGCUAUGUUUGUUUGUAAGUAAUUUGAUGAGUUUCAUUAAUAAAAUAAAGCUUGUUUCAUUAUUCAA